UAAUUCCAUGCCCUCGUUUCUCUCUCUAAAACUUCUUCAUCUAUAUCCGCACGGCCGGCGCCCAUUGCUUGUCUCCUUUAACCAUCCCAUACCUAAAAACUCAGAUCCUUUGUCUCAUUUUUUACCAGAAUGAUCAUCACUCAAACCCACCACCGAUUCUUUCCCAUCAACUAAUCAGAUAAUAUAUAUGGGUCCAUACGAUUCUUACAGCAGCAGCAGCAGCAGUGGAAGUUCAUCAUCCGUCGCCGGAAAAAUACCAGAUCAGAUCGACGGUCAUCUAGAACGAGCAGGUUACAAGGUCCGAUCAUCAGACCUCCAUCAAGUGGCUCACCGCAUUGAACGACUCGAGACAGCCAUGGUCUCUAAUCUAGCAAACAAUCCAUCUCAUCUCGGAUCCUGGGUCGAUUCCAUCUUAUCCGAACCCGACCCACCUAUUCAUUUCCCCCAUCUUGGACCUGCACCGGAUGCAAAUCCAUGGGCGGCGGCGGCGGCGGCGCAUCAUCCAGUUGUUAUAGACGACGUCGAGGAAGAUUCCGGCAUCCGGUUAGUUCACUUGUUAAUGAGCUGUGCAGAAACAAUCCAACGUGGAGAAUUCUCAUUGGCCGCAACUAUAAUCGACGAGAUGCAAGGGUUGUUGACACGUGUCAAUACCUCAUUCGGGAUCGGAAAAGUCGCCGGAUACUUCGUCGACGCUCUGAGCCGCCGUAUCUUCUCGCCGCCUCAAUCCGCCGGCGUCAUUUCCGGCUCGAAUUUCGAUAACGAAAUACUAUAUCGUAAUUUCUACGAAGCUUCACCGUACUUGAAAUUCGCGCAUUUCACGGCGAAUCAAGCUAUACUGGAAGCAUUCGACGGUCACGAUUGCGUCCACGUCGUUGAUUUUAAUCUCAUGGAGGGUUUACAAUGGCCGGCCCUAAUUCAGGCUUUAGCAUUACGGCCAGGCGGGUCUCCAAUCCUACGGCUGACAGGCGUUGGCCCCCCUUCCCCAGACGGUCGUGAUUCUCUUAGAGAAAUCGGUCUAAGAUUAGCCGAGUUAGCCCGGUCGGUUAAUGUCCGGUUUGCAUUCAGAGGGGUGGCGGCUUUACGGCUCGAAGAUGUCAAGCCGUGGAUGUUGCAAGUGAAUCCAAACGAAGUCUUAGCUGUCAACUCAAUUAUGCAAUUACACACUCUUUUAGCAGCCGACCCGACCCGACCAUCCCGAAUGGACUCAGUCCUCGAAUGGAUAAAAAACUUGAACCCGAAAAUAGUAACGGUUGUUGAACCGGAAGUGGACCAUAACCAACCCGAGUUCUUGGAGCGGUUUAUGGAAGCUUUGUAUUACUACUCAACAAUUUUUGAUUCAUUAGAGGUUUGUUCAAAUCAACCCGACAAGGCUUUAGCCGAAAUGUACAUUCAGAAACAGAUUUGUAACGUUGUGUGUUGUGAAGGGUCGGGUCGAAUAGAGAGGCACGAGACCCUGGCCAAGUGGAGGGCACGAUUCACUCGGGCAGGGUUUCGACCUGUUAAUAUCGGGUUCAAUGCCUUUAAACAAGCGAGUAUGCUUCUCACAUUGUUCUCCGCCGAAGGGUAUAAUGUUGAAGAGAAUGACGGGUGUUUAACCCUUGGUUGGCAUAACCGGCCUCUCAUUGCGGCUUCGGCUUGGUAUGCAUCACCCGGGUCGGAUCCAAUUUAUCAAUAAGGUGUUUGUACAAGAAUAUGGAUCAAUUGUCGGGUCUAUGGAGUUCUUCUUUGUUAGAGUUUUGUUUCACUCUUUAAUUUAAAACAAAAUUGCUGUGUCGAUAAAAUUAUAUUAUUUUGCAACUAUCUUGAACUUUAAUUAUUAUAAUAUUCAUUUA